AUGCAGCCCCCAGAGAGCUCUCAGAUCGACCUGGGCAAGGCCCAGGUCAUCGAUCGUGUUCCAAAGGUCAUUAAGGAGCUGAAAUUCGGCGUUCUAACAAGUGAUGAUAUCGUCAGCCAAGCCGUUGUCGAAGUUUCAGAUCGCAAAUUCUUCGAUCUUGAUCAUGAUCGCGCGGUUGUAUCCAAUGGCCCGCUUGACGCGCGCAUGGGUAUCUCGAAUAAAACAGCACAAUGCAAGACCUGUGGACACAUGUUGAAGGAAUGCAACGGACAUUUCGGUCACGUUCGACUCGUCCUGCCCGCCUUCCACGUAGGCUACUUCAAGCGCGUCAUUGGUAUUUUACAAGAGAUUUGCAAGGAAUGUUCACGCAUCCUGCUUCCUGAGACUGAGCGACGUGCCUUCUUGCGUGAAAUGCGCCGACCGGGUCUGGACAACCUUCGACGAAUGCAGAUUGCUAAGCGGAUCAACGAACGUUGCCGAAAAACCCGACAAUGCGAACACUGCCAGGCCAUCAACGGCGUGGUGAAAAAGGCCGGCUCAAGUGCCUUGAAAAUUAUCCACGACAAGUUCCGCGCCUUCAACUCGUCAACCUCUGUCAAGAAACAGCCGCCAAUCAGCAAGACUGUUUUCGACGACUCUUUUGCCGAAGCCCGUCAUUCGAAUGCGGAGAUUGAAAAACAUUUCAAGAAAGCACAGGAUGACAUGAACGCAUUGCGGGUGCUGAAGCUUUUCAAGAAAAUCUCCAACAGCGACUGUGAGCUGCUGGGGCUUGAUCCGAGGGAAGCUCGACCGGAAAUGUUCUUGUGGCAAUUUAUUCCUGCUCCUCCAGUUUGUAUUCGGCCUUCCGUGGGCCAGGAGGGCGCCUCGACGGAAGACGAUUUGACGGCUAAGCUGGGAGACAUUGUGCAGUCAAAUAUCAAUCUCAAAAACGCCCUACUUAAGGGUGCGCCUGUUCAGACAAUCAUGGAGUGUUGGGAUUACAUGCAGUUGCAGCUUGCGGUCUAUAUCAACAGUGAUGUGCCGGGCUUGAACAAGGCAGAUCUAGGAAAACCCAUUCGUGGUUUCGUGCAACGACUGAAAGGUAAACAGGGUCGGUUCCGUGGAAACUUGUCAGGCAAGCGUGUCGACUUCUCUGGACGAACAGUCAUCUCGCCCGAUCCUAAUCUGCGAGUCGAUGAGGUCGCUGUACCUGAACUCGUGGCGAAGAACAUGACAUACCCCGAAGUUGUGACUCGCUACAACAAAGAAAAGCUCCAACAGCGAGUGUUGAAUGGGUCCAAGAAGUGGCCUGGCGCGAAUUAUCUCAUGAAGAAGGAUUCCGACUUCAAGAUGAUGUUGAAGUACGGUAACUUGAGGCACGUCGCCAAUGAGCUGCAGGAGGGCGACACUGUGGAGCGUCACAUCGAGGACGGUGACAUCGUCCUGUUCAACCGCCAGCCGUCGCUGCACAAGCUCAGUAUCCUUUCUCACUUUGCCAGAGUUCGGCCGCAUCGCACAUUCCGUUUGAACGAAUGUGUGUGUAAUCCUUAUAACGCUGAUUUCGACGGAGAUGAAAUGAACUUGCACGUACCUCAGACGGAAGAGGCAAGAGCAGAGGCCAUGGAGCUGAUGGGUGUCAAGAACAACUUGGCCACACCGAAGAACGGCGAACCCAUCAUUUCUGCCAUUCAGGAUUUCAUCAGUGCCGCCUACCUGCUCAGUAGCAAAGACAACUUUUUUGACCGUCGAUCAUUCACUCAAAUUUGUCUCUACAUGCUGGGCCAUGACACAAAAUUCGAUCUUCCUCCUCCGUCGGUGCUCAAACCUCAGAUGCUUUGGACCGGUAAGCAAGUGUUCAACAUUCUGAUGCACCCUAACAAGGAGGAUCCAGUGCUUGUCAAUCUUGACGCUGCUUGUCGGGAGUUUAAACAGCCCAAAGAUGGUCGACCCAAGGAUUUGGAUCCCAAUGAUGGCUGGCUCGUGAUCCGUAACUCCGAAGUCAUGUGCGGUGUGAUGGACAAAUCCACAAUCGGUUCCGGAAAGAAAGACAAUGUGUUCUACAUCAUGCUUCGUGAUUAUGGUCCGCCGGCUGCCGCGGAGGGCAUGAACCGUCUUUCAAAAUUAUCGGCCCGUUGGUUUACGAACAUCGGCUUUUCCAUCGGUAUUGGAGACGUCUACCCCAGCGCCCGUCUAGUUCAGUCGAAGAAUGACCUUGUGGAAGCAGCCUACGCCGCUUGUGACGAGGUCAUCGCCAAGUACAAGUCCGGCACGCUUGAGAAAUAUCCCGGUUGUGACGAGUUGCAGACCAUGGAAAAUCAACUGUCGGGUAUUCUCAGUAAAGUUCGUCAACAGGCUGGCGACGAAUGUAUUGCCCAGCUAAGCAAAUACAAUUCGCCCCUGAUCAUGGCUACGUCCGGUUCCAAGGGUUCCAGUAUCAACGUGUCCCAGAUGGUUGCUCUCGUCGGCCAGCAGAUUAUUGGGGGUUCUCGUGUUCAGGACGGUUUCCAAGAUCGAACACUCCCCCAUUUCCCCAAAAACGCACGCCAGCCACCUUCAAAGGGUUUCGUGCGAAACAGUUUCUUCUCAGGUCUUCUACCCACUGAAUUCAUUUUCCACGCCAUGUCCGGUCGUGAAGGUCUGGUUGAUACUGCUGUCAAGACUGCCGAAACCGGUUAUAUGUCUCGUCGUUUGAUGAAGUCUCUUGAGGAUCUAUCUACCAGAUAUGAUGACACUGUGCGAAAUUCUUCGGCUGCAAUUGUGCAAUUCCAGUACGGUGAUGAUAAGCUGGAUCCCGUCGACAUGGAAGGCAAGGCCAAGCCAGUACACUUUGACCGGACUUUCAUUCACUCAGAAUCGACCACGUACAACAACGACGAGCGCAGCUUGUUGCCACAGGAGAUCAUGGACGUGUGUCAUGAGAUGCUUGAGAAGGAGCGUGCGAAACUCGUUCGCAAGGAUCUCAUGGGCAAUGAGCUCGGCUACAUGGACAGGAGUGAUCAUGGUGUUGACCAAUUCGAAAGUGCUCGUGAUUUCCUCGAUUCGAUUGAGCAAUACGUUCAGGAUAAGGCUGAGAAACUGAUUUCUCGUGGCGGUGACUACGAUCCCUCCGAUGCGAGAAGCCGCAAGGGCUUGGAUCACACUGGCAAGUUGACCGAGACCACGCUCAGAGCUUUCAUCACUGCCUGUCUGCUCAAGUACAAGAAGGCUCAAGUCGAGCCUGGCCAUGCUGUAGGUGCAGUCGGCGCCCAGUCGAUUGGUGAGCCUGGUACUCAGAUGACACUGAAAACUUUCCAUUUCGCUGGUGUUGCCGGUAUGAGUAUCACCCAGGGUGUGCCUCGUAUCAAGGAAAUCAUCAACGCUUCGAAAGAGAUCAGUACUCCGGUUAUUGCAUGCGAGCUUGUCACCAAGGAUCAACUUGCUUCGGCCCGUAUUGUCAAAGGUCGCAUUGAGAAAACCUACUUGCGGGACGUCAUUCACUCUAUCACUGAGGUGUGGACGGGCAGCGAGGCCUACAUCACCGCUAAGAUCAACCAACAGACGAUUGACAAUCUCCAGCUUGAAAUCACCAUGCCUCAGAUUGUGGCUGCGAUCAAGAAUCACAAACGAUUCAAGGGUGAUGACCUGAAGUUCCGCACAAGCCGUAACGCUAUCACUCUUGUCAUCGACCUCGACCCCGUUAGCAAGCAGGGCUUGUCCAAGACUGAGAUCGCCGCUACUAGUGCGGAUCCAUUCCUGCGUCUCAAGCACCUGAAGCGUUUGAUGCCUAAUAUUCAAAUCAUGGGUCAUCCUCAGGCCGCACGUGCCAUCAUUCGGACCGACGAGAAGGGCACCACCAACACGCUUCUGGUUGAAGGUUACGGCUUGAAGCAAUGUAUGACUACUGCCGGUGUUGACGGUCUCCGUACCAGGACGAACAAUGUCAUCGAGGCCCGUGAGGUGCUUGGCAUUGAAGCUGCUCGGAGUACCAUCAUUACCGAAAUUAGCGAGGUCAUGAAAGACAUGGACAUCGAUCCCCGUCACAUGCAACUCCUCGCUGAUGUGAUGACUUACAAGGGAGAGGUGCUGGGCAUCACCCGUUUCGGUCUCGCUAAGAUGCGUGACUCUGUUCUGCAGCUUGCCUCUUUCGAGAAGACCGCGGAUCAUUUGUUCGAUGCCGGUGGUGCUGGUCGCACUGAUUUGAUUGAAGGUGUUUCCGAAUGCAUUAUCAUGGGCAAGACGAUGGGUCUGGGUACCGGUGCCAUGGAAGUUGUUCGCAAGCUCGAUUUCUACGAGGGUCAGAUCGGUGCUCGCAAGACUGGGUUUGAAGACGCCUGGACCGAGCUGUGUGAGGCUCCUCAGAGCAAGGGCAAAAAACGACUUCGCUGA